AUGGAAUUCUCAUAACCGUUAUUUGUUUACAUUUUUUUUUUUACAAAUUUAAUAUGUAAAUGAGUAAUUGUUAUAGUGUUUUUUUUCGAAUAAAAAACAUAAAUUUUAUGUAGAUUUCUUUUUUAGGAAAGUUUUAUUGAAUUUUUUAUUCAUCGAAAAUGGCACGACAUUCACAAAAUUCUAGACGAAUUUCGGAGCCAACAACACCGGGUAAAUCACGAAUAUUACGAUCAAGUUUACAGCAUUCUACCAAAUCGCCAACUCAAAAACGACGAUAUCGUCCUGGUACAGUUGCUUUACGUGAAAUACGAAGAUAUCAAAAUUCAUCCCAUAAUCUAAUUCCACGAAUUUCAUUUCAAAGAUUAAUUCGGGAAAUAGCUCAAAGCAUGAAAAAUUCCUUGAGAUUUCAGCCAGCAGCAUUGGAAGCACUGCAAGAGGCUGCCGAAAGUUAUCUUGUUCGCAUGUUUGAAGAUGCCAAUUUAUGUGCUAUACAUGCUAGACGGGUUACAAUCAUGCCAAGAGAUAUUAAUCUUGCCAGACGAAUACGUGGUGAUUAUCAUUGAAUUUGGCAAAUGGCUAAUCAUUCAUUUUUUUGGAAAACUUUACACUGAAAUUUAUUAUCAUUUUUAAAAUAAUGCCAUUGAUUUACAUCAUGUUUUAUAUGUAAAAAUUGAAUUGUAAUAAAAUAAAAUUAUAAAAAUCGA